UCUAAAGGAAAUGCGAGCUAAUGUGUCCUCAAGAUAACAAAUUUUUUUCUGCUAUCCAAAAUUACAAGCAUCAUCUGCGUCUCGUACAGUCCCAACAACGUUUCUCAAAGCUCACUCUAUCACAAACAUGUUUGCACUCAUGAGAAGUCGGUUAACUAGCAUUGGUUUUAAGCAACGUAUCUGUAUGUUUGCAAUCCUGGCUACAUUUUGCCUACUGAUGUUUAUUAAAGAAUAUCUACGCGUCGAUUUUACAUCAAUUCGAUCUGUUCACAAUACAUUUUCUGGUCGAAGCGCUCGCUCGAAUUUCGACUGGGAAGGUUGGGUACGACGAAACAAAUUUAAAUCAAUUGGCGAUGUCUAUGACGUUUGUGAUUCAACCAGCGACAAUCGCGUAAAAGUUGGUAAGGUAAUUCUGAGUUAUGAGAAGAAAACGAAAAGUAUAUUUGCAACAAUUGUCGCAAACAUGACACUAGGCGAUGAUUUUACUCAAGGUAAAGUAAACAUUUACGCUUCAUACCACGGACGUGUUUUGUACAACGCAACAUUUGAUGUUUGUCGCGAUGUUCACGUUAAAGGUGUACAAUGCCCCAUGAAAAAAGGUUAUAAACUAUCAAUUCAUGAGAAAAAGAAGUUUCCAAGUCACAUACCAAAGGGUAAAUUCAUUGCUGUUGCUAAUGUGAGAAACCAGGAUAACAAGUGUCUGGGGAUUGCGGAAGCUGAAUUUCAAAUUUAAAUGAAUGAACGAACAAUGUUUGAAAAGACAAUUCAUGGUUUCGACCCUUGCAUGUGUUUUGCACAUUGAUAUCACAGACAAGUACAAAACUUCACUAUCUUCGUUUAACGUGACUAUUUAUGUAACUUAAUUAUUACUUUUAUUAUUAUUGCUAUUAUUAUUUUAAAUUAAAUUACACCAAAAAUCAA